AGGAAGGAAUGACACGAGUACAGUUUAAAAAACCUAAUACAAAAAAUUUGUUUAGCCAGAAGUCUGUAGCUUAAGAAAUUCUAUUAAUAUUAUAAUUGCGAAAGUUUGUGAGGAUGUAUGUGUGUGUUUGUUACUCUUUCACGCAAAAUCUACUGGGCGGAUUGAGAUGAAAUUUGGUACACGGAUAGAAUAUAGCCUGGAAUAACACAUAGGGUGCUUUUUAUCCCGAAUUUCCUACGGCAAAUUGUCUUAAUUUACCUACUUCUGUUCAGGGGAUUUAAUUUUUAUAUAUAUCCCCUGCUGGCGAUGCGAAGGGGAUUAUUGGAGGAAACGGCUGAUAAGCCCCUGCGUAGUUGAGGGGAUAUCAUAUCGAGUUAUAUCGAAACGAAUGACGCUUUAGACGGCCCAAGAGGUAUUUUUAUAAGCCAGAUGUUGAAAGUGGAAGUUGAAGUGGCCAUAUGUGGAGUGGAAAUAUUCUAAUAAAUACUGUAAUUUGAGAAAAAACUAUGAAGAAACUACAGCUGAGUGUUUAUGUGAUAGUCGUUGUAGUCGGCUUUGCUUCGACUCAGGAUCCUGAUUGCGAUUAUAGUCAAUUGCUCGAAGUGGGCUACACGUAUGACGUGGCCAAUAAGGAGUACCCUAAUAGCUACGUACCCGGUGUGCAAUGUCGUUGGAUCCUGCAGUGCCCACCUGGGUACAACUGUCAACUGGACUGUAGUGACAUCAAUUUACCUCAAACAGCAUCCUGCUCUAUGGACCGGCUGCUGAUCUCAAAGAGCGGGGACCCUCAGCUGAGCGCGGCUGACUACUACUGCGGACGCGGCACCGUCUCGGCUGUGUCCACGGGACAAGUGCUGACCGUCGGAUUAAUAACCUCAUACGAUAGUCCUGGAGGAGCGUUCUACUGCUCAGCCUCUGCCCAGCCUGCCGCCUCACCUUCUUGCUCUUGUGGAUAUAAGAAAAUGACCCGCAUAGUCGGAGGCAACGAGACGGCAGUUAAUGAGUUUCCCUCCAUGGCCGGCAUAGUGCUGGACGUGGCGACUGCCAAGAUCAGUUGUGGGGGGGUCAUCAUCAGCCAGAGGUACGUGUUGACAGCGGCCCACUGCCUGAAGAAGAGGCACCCUGGCGACAUGGCGGUGGUCGUGGGCGAACAUGAUGUGACGACUGGAGACUCUCCAGCAACAAGAGCAUAUAAGGUAGAAGACUAUCUAAUACAUCCCGGAUUUGACGUGAAUUCUUCAACUGACAACGACUACGAUAUAGCAAUCAUUCGUGUAUCAGAAGACAUAGCUUUUGGACCAAUGGUGGGCCCAAUUUGUCUGCCCUUUAAUUACACCAAUACAGACAUGACAGGCAGGAAGCUCACUGCUUUGGGCUGGGGCUUCACGCAAGUGGGAGGGGUGUCGUCCAAAGUCCUCAGGAAGGUAGACUUGGAUGUCAUCAGUCAAAGUCAGUGUCAGCAAGCCGUGUCUCAGCUGACGCCGAGACAGUUCUGCACGUACACACCCGGGAAAGACACGUGUCAGUAUGACUCUGGAGGCCCGCUGCUAUACACAGAUCCGCCAACUGGGACGCUCUUCAAUAUUGGUAUAGUCAGUUAUGGAGACUACUGCGGCAUGGAUGACAGCCCAGCCGUCAACACCAAGGUCACGAGCUAUUUGACCUGGAUACUCAGCAACACGCAGGACGCCGAUUAUUGCAGGAAAUAAAGCGAGUUUUCAAAACA